AUGGCUCUGCAAUCGAGCUGGGCGUGGCGCGGCCUCCUCCGACUCAUGCAUGGCAUCUCGUGCCUCUACUUUGGCUUCCUCUCGAUCAUUCAUCUCGUCGCCAACGAUGGGGAGGUCGUUGCGCUCAACGGCUACGCGAUGCUACCGAGCGGCAUCAUCUUUGGCACCAUCGCGCUCUUGCAUCUCUACCCUCUGUGCUCGUUCCGAACGGCUCGCGUCGACCCUAUUCCGACACUACCAACGUCACGCUGCUCGUUCGAGUACUGGGCAGCUCGGUGGCCCGUGCCCGACAAUAUUCAAGUGUGCCUCAACCACUUUGUUGCCAUCAGCUGCGAGACCAAUCUGGCAUAUAAAAUGGCGCGCUAUCUCGCGCAGACCGAGGUCGCGUACUUGUACGCGAUUACGCUCGGAAUCAACUGUCUCUGCACGUCGUGGCUCCUGCUGCUCAAGCGCGCCAAGUCGAAGCUGCAGCUCAUCGGGCUCAUCGACUGCGUCAUGUCGACGGCCUUGACGGCGGGGUUUCCGCUUGUUUUCUUCGCCGUGCCCAUCAUGCAGUAUCGGUUCUUUGGGAAUGCCUACGUGCGCCAUAGCUUUGACUGGCUCGCACUAAACGUGCCUCCGUCACGCUUGCUCGUGACCUCGUCGGGCUUGGACUUGGCCAUCAAAACCAUCUUGGGCGUCACCAACUUUUUUGUGCUGAGGCGGCUUCGCCAUCCCAAGAGGAGUACCCCACGGCCGCUGCUGCGCACCAGAAGCUGGGGUCGGCACCGGUUCUUCGCCACCCUCCAGCUCGCGGACGCACUGCGCGCUCACUCCGGGUCGCGUCGUCACCUCUCCGUCUCGUCGAUGCCGCGGCUCAGUUCGGUUUCGUUCGGAGUCGCCAAAGUGGCGUGGGAAGCGAGUAAAGAUCACUUUACUUUGGAGCAGGAGCACCAGAAUGUCGUGCUCGCCGCGCUCGUCCUCGGACUUUUAUGGGGCGGCGCCGUCCUCCUUGUGGCGACGCUCGCAGUCUUUCACCGCGAACCGUGCCCGUCCCACUGCGAACAAGCGGCCGCGCCUUGGUUUACCAGCGACUGCCGCUGCAUUUACGCCCGUCUCCACUGCGUCCGCGACCACGUUGUCGACAGCCGGUCCAUCGACUCGUACUUUACACUGGCGCGCCUUGGACCCGACCUCUUUCUUCUGCACGUGCAGCGAUGCGACAUCCCCCAUGGCUUGAACGCGACGACGACCGCGCAGUUCUUAUACCUCUAUGGUAUUUGGCUCGAGCACACGGCGAUGCGGGAGUGGCCCGUGACCGCUCUCGCGCUGCCAUCGUCGACGAUGCUCGUGCAUCUUCGCCACGCACCGCACCUGACGUCACUGCCAGAGAUGUUAUCGGCACCGCCACCGACGCUUCGGUUUCUGUACGUGGGCGAGUGUCCGCUCUCGAGCAUAUCGGGUGCGGUGUUUCAAAAGUGGACCCACUUGCUCUCGCUGCGGCUACCCGCGACGGGCUUGACCACGCUGCCUCCGGAGAUUGGCGCCCUUUCCAUCGUCUCGUCCCUCGACCUCGGCUACAAUGCAUUGACCGCGCUUCCAAUCGAACUCGAUGCCAUCAUGCCGCACUUGGCCGAGCUGUACUUGGACCAGAACGCGCUCUCUGUGUUGCCACUGUCGUUUCGAUCGACAUACCCCAAGCUGCGGCUGUAUUUGAACCGAAAUCCGAUACCGUCCUGGGGCAGCGACGGCUGUGCAUGGGACCGACUCGACAUGACCAACACCCUCUACUGCAAUACGACAACGACAAGUGGGUUGCAAGGCGUCUGCGGCAACGACUGCGCGAGCGUCUGUAGCCGCGGCCGCGUCACCGACUACUUUUGCGACACGGCGUGUAACUCGACAGCGUGCGCCUUUGACGGUGGCGACUGUCUCUUUUAA